AUGCUAUAUUUUGGGUUACUGUUAUCUAAAAAUGUCUGUAAAUUGAAUCUAAAGACGAGCUUUAAAAAUGCUGCCAUUUUCCCUGCCAAAUUUCGGCGCCGGAGCCGGAGGACGGAUCAUAUCUACAAGAAAGGCUUCAAUUUCUGCCAUCUUGACUUCAAACUUCCGGGAAAGGGCCUAAUUUUUCCAAUUUAUUUUGUAGAAGGUUGUCCUGUUGAAAGUUGUGGUCCCUUACGUUAUUGUAUAAAUAACGGCACGUUCUCGUGUUUAUGUGAAUGGGGAUACACAGAUAUUGGACAGACAUGCACAGAUAUCGAUGAAUGUUUAUCAUCCCGGCCAUGCAAUUUAAAUGUAAGUUCAUGCGAAAACACAGUUGGCUCGUACAAAUGUUCGUGUAAAAAAGGAUACAGUUUGCUCUCGGAUGGAAAGACAUGUGUGACAGUUCAUAAUGAAAAUAAUAUCUUCACAAUACGCUCUGGUUUUGGUUACGCCUACGUCCAUCUUUCUAGCGUCAAUAACUCGGCUGAAUGGCUUGGAAUAUCUUACACAUCCCCUCCUGCUCAAUUUCGUUUCAUAAAUCAGAACGUGAUACAGGAAAUAGGCACAGAGAAAUGUAUCACAGCAAGGGCUGACAUGUUCAUGGAUCUUACCUUUAUCUGCGAUGGACCCUUCGCUCUCAGGUGGCAUUACGAACCCUUUUUUGAAUCUUUGAUUUUGCUGUAUUUGAAAACAAAGUUCUGCUUCGUCGCGUAUAGAACAUCGGCGCCUCCUAAAGUCAGACCAGGUUUGACUUCCUGCAGCCUUUAUAGUGACACUGUUGUUUUGGAAAGCUUGAGUUUACAGCUUAUAUAAUUUAAUAAUUAUCACACCCUGCAUCCUGGUGCCCGACCACGUGUUUUUCAUGUUACCAAAAUUUGGUUUUCGAACGUAAUGAAUGUUAUUGUGCAACUUUAUUUUGGCACGAGAGUAUCGGAAUUCACCUCAUGUAAGAAUACCUAUAAAGAAAUGUAGAACAAUCACAAGAUAAAUCAUAUUUGUUUUGAUGGGAAUUUUUUCACAUUGGGGCCGAUUUAGCAACAAGUUAUAGUUAUCAUCCUUCCGCUUUUCCGGCACAGCAUAGCCUAGCUCACCGCGAGUGUCAUAAAACAGUUUUUAGAACAAAAAAUAAAUAUAAUGAAUGUGAGAAACGAAGAGGCAUAUAUGUAUGUCCUCAUCACUGUCUUGGAUUUUUUGAGUGAAUAAAAAAGUAGUUUAUUUCUCAAGACUUUAAACUAUUGCUAUCUUUUAAUGUGGUGUUUAACUUCGAGAGGUUUAGGAACUGUGGGCCUUUUUCAAAUAUCUUGCUUCCCAUUUGUUGUUUAGAUGCACGCCUCAAUAUCUAUUGUUGUUAUCAUAAUAUCAUUAUCUAUAGUUCGGCCGAGAGCAAGAAGUUUGAAAAAGGCGUUAUUAAGAUACAAAAUGCGUAUAAAAUUACUUGCAACAAAGUCGUUGUAAAUUUGUUGCCAAUUGCUCUGGAGCAACAAAAUUUGCACUAAAGUAGAGGGAAGUGCCAUUUGAAAUGUCGUGAAAAAUCGUUUAG